AUGAAAGAUACAAAUGUACAUGUAAUAAAACAUGUAGAUGAAACAGGAGAGGAGAAAUCAGUUGAAGAAAAAACGGGAAAAAAAGAAGCAACAUUUCAAAUAUUUCAAGAAAAAAAAUCAGUGUCUCCGACACCUAUUUUAGAAUAUUCAUCACCAGAUUGUAAACAAGAACAUAAAAUGCAUGAAUAUAGUAUUGUUUCUGAUGCAACUGUAUCUUCUUUAGUGAAGAAUUUUAACAGUGAUAUGCAUAUGUUGGUUCAACAGAUGAUGAAAGAAAAAGCAUCUCUUCAUUCACAAAAUGUACAACUUUGGAGAAUUAUUGACAAGCAACGUGCAAUGAUUCUUGAGCUUCAAAAAGAUUUAGAAAAAGCGUUUAAAGAGAAAAAAAAGUAUUACAAUUUAUGGAGUGCAUUGUUUGCAAAAUACACUUUAGAAAAUUCAAAAACAGUGAAUACAAUACCGGAAAGCGGGUUAAAAAAACCAGAAGAUAUAUCCAUUUCAUCUUUUAAAACUCCAGAACAUCAAAAAAAUACCAGUACACCAAGUGAACCUCAGUCAUCAGAUGCAGAGAAAUCAGAAUUUGUAUUAUUGUUUCCAGGUGAUAAAGAUUUCUCCAUUUUGAAUGCACCUGAAGACAUUUUUUCGUCCAAUAUGCAAUCAUAUACUUUUAAUGAAAAUAAAGCAAUACCAUUGAAACCCUCUAAAAAAAAUCAACAUUCAACUGUUGCAUUGGACCAAUUAUAUUUAAAACAAUAUCCAGAUAAUUCAUUUUCUACACAAAAAGGGUAUAUGAAUAAUAUGUUUCAUGACCAAUUAAACGCUACAUCUUCCCCUACAACUCAUUCAGGGGAAAUACCUAUGUAUAGGGAGUGUAGUAUUAUUGAAAGAACACCAAAUGAUUGUGUUCAGGAUUUGAACCAAAACAAGGAUUUAAGAAAUUCAUUUGAUAAUAAGAAAUUAUCAUCUAUAAAAUAUGAUGAAGCGAAUUGGGUUUUAAACUCAAAUACAAACAGUGGAGCAGCAAAUAAUUAUACUGAAUCACCUUUAUCAAUUUAUUCUAAUUCUCAUAAAGUAGUUUCUCCUACACUUACCGAAGGUUCAAUUAUCUCAUCAAAUAUAUCACAGAAUUACAUACCUAGCAUGGAACAUGAACACCAAAAUAUAUCUUCAAAAAAGCAGGAUAAUUUAGGUCAAGAUUCACAAAGUAAAUACAAUGUGAAAGGUCGCUCUAAAAAUAUGGAAAUAGACGCAUCUCAAGAAAAUAUACAUCUAAAACAAGAUAAUUAUAAAACUUAUGAAUCGAAUCUGGAUUCAACAAUUUCUACCAAUCUUUUGUCUAAAACUAAUCUUAGUUCUCAUGAAGACUAUUUAGAUAAAAUAGGUGAAGUCUUUGAUACUAUAGCAUUAACUCAAGAAAAUAUCGGAGAUUCCCUUCAUUGUCCAUCUAAACCUACUUCUUCUCUUUCUCCUUAUCAAAUUUCAUCAAUUAAUCUUAGAAUUUUAAAUUCUAAAUUACGUAUGGGAAAAAAUAAAGAAGAAAUCUUUUUUUCAAUUGGUGUUUUUAAAAAUGUGGAUAAAAAAAAGGAACUUUGGAGAGUAGAAAAAAGUAUACAAAAAAUAUUAAAUUUCGAUGAUAAAUUAAGACGUGCUAUUCCUUUUUGGAAAAUUCCUGAUAUUACUAGUCUUAAUACUCAAAGUACAACACGCGUUGAUCAGCGUAAAGCUUUAUUGGAUCAAUAUUUGAAGCAUAUUCUUUCAAUCCCAUUAGAUGAAUCUGCAUAUUCAGUUUUGAAUGAUUUUUUAAAUACCGAUAUUGAAACGCAAACUAAGCCUCAUAUUUCAUACAGCAAACAAAAUACAUUAAAUCAAGAACAUUUUAAUGAAAAUAACAUUAAAUCUAAUUUUGUUAAAAAAGAAGGAUACUUGACUAAGCGUGGAAAAAACUUUGGAGGAUGGAAAUCAAGAUAUUUUAUUUUAGAUGGUCCAAUUCUUAAAUAUUAUGAGGCUUAUGGAGGUCCUCAACUUGGUACUAUUAAACUUUUUCAGGCUCAAAUUGGUCGUCAACAAUUGCAAGCCCAUUCUAAAUCUUUACCUUUAGAAUCUCAAUCAGAUACCUGUGAUGAUAAUUCUUACCGACAUGCGUUUUUAAUUCUUGAACCUAAAAGAAACUAUUCAUCGAGUUUUAUUAGACAUGUGUUAUGUGCCAAAUCGGACAAAGAUUGUGACGAAUGGGUUGAGGCUCUUAUGCAAUAUGUUGAUAUUAAUGUUCCAGAUAAUUUUGUAGCAUCUAAUAAUGUCGAAAAAAAGGAGCGAAAAUACUUUUUUAGAAAAAAUUCUAUAUUAGUAAAUACAGCACAUCAUUCAACAACAACACUUAAUAUUAAUGCAUAUCAAUUUCCAGCUAAUGAUUUAAAAAAUACAUCUGAAAAUGUUGAUGUUAAUACAGAAAAACAAAUAGAGUUAAAUUCCUCGAAACAUCAUUCAUCAUCACCUGCUGAUGAUAUGAACAAAAAUGUAUCUGUUAAUUUUACUGAAAGUCCCGUUUCAAACAAUUUUUUUGACUCUAAAAUGACACAUAAAGUAGCAGGCUCUUUAAGUAAUAUAAAAUCAUUUGAUAAUAUAGGUAAUGUGUCUGAAGAGUCAUUGAGAAUAGACAAAAAAUACAAAAAAAAAGGAUUUUGGGGCUUUGUAAACAGAGGUGAUAGAGUAAGAUUAUCUGAACCAGUGUCACAUGAUAUACGAAUUUCUUCUAGCACUAUUGAUUUGAAUUCUCAAGUAUCAAAUCAUAACUUACGCAAUAUAUUUGGAGCUCCUCUAUUGGAAGCAGUUUCUAUUAGUCAGUUAAGCUUAGGAGUAGACAUAUUAGUUCCAAGUGUAGUAUAUCGUUGUAUAGAAUAUUUAGAUAGUAACAAUGCAGAAAAAGAAGAAGGAAUAUAUCGUUUAAGUGGUUCAAAUACAAUAAUUAGAUCAUUAAGAGAUAAAUUUAAUACUGUAGUAGGGGAUGUUGAUUUACUGAAUUCUGGAAAAUCUUAUGAUGUUCAUGCUAUAGCAGGUCUUUUAAAGCUUUAUUUGCGUGAACUUCCUACAAAUAUUCUAACAAGAGAUUUACAUGCACAGUUUUUGUCCAUAAUGGAAAUUCAAGAUAGUAAUGAAAAAAUAGAUAAAAUAGCCAAACUUAUUCGUCAUUUACCUGAAGAAAAUUUUUGUUUAUUACGUAUCUUAAUUAGUCACUUAUAUCGAAUUGUAGCCCAUGCAGAUCUAAAUAAAAUGACAUCUAGCAAUGUGGGAAUCGUCUUUUCUCCUACUUUGAAUAUACCAGCUGGAAUCUUUUCUUUGUUAUUAAUUCAUUACAAUACAAUCUUUGAAAAUCAACCAAAUGUGUCUACAGCUGAGCUCUCUUUAGAUUGA